AAUCUGGGUUCUUUUGUUUUUCUUUGAUGUUUUCUUAAAAGGAAAGAAAAAUAGUGGUAUUUUGAGAUUUUGUUAUAGGUGCUAUUCUUUUUUCUUAUUUUGGGUGUGGCAUUUGGUUUUGGAUUCUCUUUUACUCUAUUCCUUUUUCCUUUUGUGUCAGUCUUUCUGAAGCUGGACAUUUGCAUCUUUGUUUCUAUUGAAGUGUGUGAAGUGCCAUUUUCUCUUCUUUGCUUCUUUUGUCUUUCUUUUUAGCUUAAAAAAUUUGAAAUUCACCGUCUUCUAUUUCUCAAUAAAAAAGGGUUUGGAUCCGAGAAUUUGAAGCCAGCAUUUUGAAGUUUGCUUCUGGGGUUUUGCAUUUUUGAAAAAUUUUGCCUUCCUUUCAACAAGGGGCAGUUUAAUCAAAGGGGGGGGAUUGGUAUGUCAAUAGAGCUGGUGAUUAAUUGAUUUGCUGGUAAUGUCGAGGAUCCCUAAGUGGAAGAUCGAGAAGACGAAAAUAAAAGUUGUAUUUCGGUUACAAUUCCAUGCUACACAUAUUCCACAAAAUGGAUGGGAUAAACUGUAUAUAUCCUUCAUUCCUGCUGAUUCUGGUAAAGCAACUGCAAAGACAACCAAAGCAAAUGUGAGAAAUGGAACUUGCAAAUGGGCUGAUCCAAUCUAUGAGACCACGAGGCUUCUCCAAGACAUCAAAACUAAACAAUUUGAUGAGAAACUCUAUAAGCUUGUUGUGGCAAUGGGUUCCUCUCGGUCUGGCCUUCUUGGCGAGGCUACGAUCAACCUUGCUGAUUAUGCUGAUGCCUCAAAGCCUUCUGUUGUUCCACUGCCACUUAUUGGCUGUGAUUCUGGAGCUAUAUUACAUGUCACAGUACAACUGCUAACCUCUAAAACUGGUUUCAGAGAAUUUGAACAGCAACGGGAACUUAGGGAGAGGGGAUUGCAGGUUGGGUCAGACCAGAAUGGUCCUGAUCAGUCUUCUUCUGGAAAAGUAUCAGUUUCUGAGGAUAUCGUCAACAGUAAUACGGUUAAGGUCAAUCCGAGGGUUAGAUUUAAAGAAAAAUCUAAAGAACACUCAUCGCUUGAAGAAGAUGUUGGCUUGAAUGAAGACUAUGGAGACUCAGCUGUUGGGUUUGAUGGUUCUUCUAAUACAUCAGAAAGUUUAUAUGCAGAGAAGCAUGAUACUUCCAGUACUCAUGAAAUUGACAGCAUAAAGAGUACAGUCUCUGGUGAUUUGACAGGCCUAGGUCAUAGCCCUCAGCAAGAGAAAGGAGAUCCUUCAGAUCAUCGGUUUUUGGCACAGGGGACUAACAAUUGGGUUCAUGGCUGGAGUUCAGACCAUUCUGGGGAUAAUGACUUAACCGUUGUCUACGAAGAAAAUAGCAGACUUAGAGGAUGCUUGGAAGUGGCAGAGUCAUCUAUUCAGGAACUUAAGAGGGAAGUAAGCUUGUUACAAAAUCAUGCUAGUCAAAUAGGUGCUGAAACUGAGAAGUUUGCUCAGCAACUUGUAACGGAGAUUUCUUCAGGAGAAAGGUUGGAAAAAGAGGUUUCUGCUUUAAAAUUAGAGUGCUCGAGGUUGAAAGAUGACCUUGAGCGGAUGUCGAGUUCUACACUGUACCCUUCUCUAACCAGCAAAGAAGCCAUUAAGAAAGACCAGGAUCACUUACUUCAAGACUUAGAGGUCAUAUUCUCAAAGGGGCUUUUAGUUAUGGAAGAAAAGAUAAGGGAGCUUCAAAACAAGGCAUGUCUGAAUUACCAUGAAAGAGACCAAAGGUUCCUUCAAGCAGACUUGGAGGCAUUGUUUGGCAUCCUGCAAGAUCUCAAACAGGGAACUCAAAAAGAAAUUUUUAUUCUUAGGUCAGUACCAUCCGACAGAUGCAACAUGAAGAGUACCAGAGAAAUGAGUUUAACUAAUUCUUUUAUACCGGCAACUAGUUUUGAUGCAGAACUUUAUCAACCAGAACCAGGCAUGGUACCUUGUAUUACUGUGCCUGGCCUUGUGUCACAUGAACCUGAUUCUAUUAGUACUUCUAAUGCAAUGAAAAGCAAAAUCUUUGAACUUCUGAGAGAGUUGGAUGAAUCAAAAGCUGAGUGGGAAAGCCUUGCAAAGAAAAUGGACCAGAUGGAGUGCUACUAUGAAGCUCUUGUUCAGGAGCUUGAGGAAAACCAAAGACAGAUGAUGGCAGAAUUGCAGAGUCUCAGAAAUGAGCAUUCUACUUGCUUGUAUAGGGUGCAAUCUGCUAACGCUGAGAUGGAGGCUAUGCGCCAAGAUAUGAAUGAACAAGUCUUGAGGUUUGCUGAAGAAAAACAAGAUUUGGAAUCUCUAAGCAAGGAACUGGAAAGAAGGGCUAUUAUUGCAGAAGCAGCACUGAAAAGGGCACGCCUUAAUUAUUCAAUUGCGGUGGGCCAGUUGCAAAAGGAUCUUGAGCUGCUUUCUUCUCAGGUUAUGUCUGUGUUUGAGACAAAUGAGAAUCUUAUCAGGCAAGCUUUUGUAGAUUCUUCACAGACAAACUCUCGAGGAUACUCAGAGAUGGUGCGGAACCAUGGGCUGGAUUCAGAAGAAUUCCAACCCACCAAGCCCUUGCAUUCUCAAAAUCAGUAUGUAGGGGUGAAGAAACAACAUUUGGGUGGAGAUAUUCUUUUAGAAGACUUGAAAAGAUCCCUCCAUUUGCAGGAAACCCUUUAUCAGAAGGUUGAAGAAGAAGUUUGUGAAAUGCAUUAUCAGAAUGUAUACUUGGAUGUGUUUUCAAACACUCUACAAGAUACUUUGCUUGAAGCAAGUGAUGAAAUGAAAACAAUGAAAGAGAAAAUGGAUGGGCUUACAUGGAAAUUGGAACUUUCUGUUGAGUCCAAGGAGUUAUUGAUGCAAAGGCUGCAGACAGCUACCGAUGAUGUUCAUUCCCUUAAUGAGUACAAGGCUACUUGCAUUGCCAAGUAUAAUGACUUGGCUUUGGAGAAACAAGCUUUGGAAGCAAAUGUGGAAAAUGUUACCCAUGAAAAUCAUCUUCUCUCUGAGAAGGUAACUGAACUGGAGUGCCACUUGAUGGAGUACCAAAGUUACAAGAGCAAAUUUGAUGCCUGUGUCAUGGAGAAAACUGAGUUGGCUAAUUUAUUGAAGGAAGGAACUCUGGAAAAUGAUAAUCUUAGAAACAAUAACUCUUCUUUGCAGGAUGAGUUGAGAAUGAUCAAAACUGAGUUUGAUGAAUUGAACCUUGUGAAGGAAAAGCUGCAAAAUACUGUUGACUUUCUGCGAAACAAGUUUCUUAACUUAUUGUCAUCCUAUGGUAAGUUUUUUGAUGAACCAUCCCUCUCAAGUGACUUGGUUUGUCAGGAUAGAGAAUCCAUGGACUUGACAUCUGUCAUUGUCGAGGUAGAAGAGGCCCAGAAUAAUGCAUAUGAAAAAUUUCUUCAUCUCUUGGAGGAAAAGAAAGAUCUGAUGGAUGAAAGAGACAAGGCUCAGGUGUCUUUAAGUGCGGUAGAAUCAGAGAUGGUGCUAAUGAAACAGAAGUUUGAACGUGAUAUACAAUCCAUGGUUGAUAAAAUGGAUUUGUCCAAUGUGGUUGUAGAAAAGCUUCAGUUAGAAAUUGAAGCUGUUACUGAAAAGCUCAAGGAUAGCUCUGAAGUUGAAACCUAUGCACAGCGGCAGAGAGAUCUUUUAUCUGAUCUUCAGCAUUUUGAAGCAGAGCUGCAAGAACUUACUUCUAAGAAUAAGGAGAUUGCUGAAGAACUGUUGGUUUUAGAGUCUGUUAAUGAAGAUCUGGGAAGCAGUAAGUUGAUUGUGGCUGAACUUGUUGAAGAAAACAAAACGUUGGUGCAAUCUUUACAGGAUAAAUCUGAGGAGGCAGCCGAGCUUGCUUUUGAGCUUAAUGGUUUGAAAGAAAGUUUGCAUUCUGUGCAUGAUGAGCUGCAAGCAGAAAGAAGCACCAAAAAUAAUUUAGAGAGUAUGGUUACAGACCUUACUUCCCAAAUGAAUGAGAAGCACCAUCAGUUGUUGCAAUUUGAUCAGCAGAAUUCUGAACUGGCCCAUCUUAAGCAAAUGUUAUUGGACCUAGAAUCAGAGAAAUCUAGAGUUUGCAGUCUUUUACAGCAGUAUGACGAGUGCCUCAAUAAUGCUAGCAAAGAGUCUUCCACUAUUACUUCUCUGGAAUCUGAGUUGUCUGAAAUGCAUGAACUUUCAGUAGCUGCAGGUGUUAGCCUCAUUUUCUUAAGAACUCAAUAUGAAACCUGGACCACUGACCUUGUUUGUCAACUUUCCAGCUCUGAAAGACACCUUGGGGAGCUUCAAGAGAAGCAUCUUAAUUUUGAGAGUAUACUUAAUGAUUGUCUUGCUCGUGAAGCACAUUGCAUUGAAGAAAAUAGAAGAUUAUCGGUGAGUCUGGACUCCCUAAAAUCAGAGUUAGAAGCUUCCAUGGCUGAAAACAAGGUGCUUCUCAAUAAAAAUAGCUCUGCAAUAUCUGAGCUUCAGGAUUACAGAAGUAGGAUUGAAAAAAUUGAGUUUGCAUUCUUUGAGGAUAAACAUCAGCAUGCUCUUGAAGUUGAAAGGCUGAAGCACUUACUAGGUGGUUCCCAAGAAGAGAUUGAUGAUCUGAUGAUAUUGAAGGAAGGACUGGAACUCAAUGUCUUAGUACUCAAAGCUAAAUUGGAUGAACAAAGCACUCAGAUAAGCUUACUGGUAGGGCGUAAGGAUGAGGUGCUGCUGCUGCAGAAUCAGUGUAAUGAGCUUUCUCAAAGGCUUUCUGAACAGAUUUUGAAGACUGAAGAGUUCAAGAACUUGUCCAUUCAUUUGAAGGAGCUCAAAGAUAAGGCUGAUGCGGAGUCCAUCCAGGCUCGGGAGAAGAGGGAAUCUGAAGCACCACCAACUGCUAUGCAAGAGUCCUUACGAAUUGCAUUUAUCAAAGAACAGUAUGAAACACGGCUGCAAGAACUAAAGCACCAGUUGGCUAUCUCCAAAAAGCAUAGUGAGGAAAUGCUAUGGAAAUUACAAGAUGCCAUUGAUGAGAUUGAGAAUAGAAAGAAAUCAGAAGCUUCCCAUUUAAAGAAAAUUGAAGAACUGGGUGUUAAGAUCUUGGAAUUGGAGGCUGAGUUACAGUCGUUGGUUUUAGACAAGCGUGAAAAAAUGAGGGCUUAUGAUCUGAUGAAAGCUGAAUUGGAUUGCUCAAUGAUAAGCCUUGAAUGCUGCAAGGAAGAAAAAGAGAAACUUGAAGCUUCUUUGCAAGAAUGCAAGGAGGAAAAAUCUAGAAUCUCAGUUGAACUUAGCAUAGUGAAAGAAUUGCUUGAGGCAUCCACAUCAACCAUGAAUGUUCAGAAGGAAAAAGAUGGCAAACUGAAAGAUGGUUGCUUCUCUGAUGAGCUGGUUGUCAAUAAUGCUCUAACUAGGGACAUUGAUCUUAAAUAUUUGGACCAAGAUACUCCCAAAAACUCCAAAGAUGCAGAUGAUGGAAGUGACUGUACAAGUGCACCCACAAAUUCGCAACUUGAGCAGGAUCUUAUAUCUAAUGAUACACAUGAAGUUCACAGUCUGGCACUUGUCAACCAAUGCAACUUGCCAAACAGUGAUGCAAUGCAUCUAGCUUUAAUCAAUGAUCGUUUUAAAGCUCAAAGCUUAAGAUCUAGCAUGGACCACCUAACUAGUGAGCUGGAAAGGAUGAAAAAUGAGAAUCUGGUUCUUUCAAAAGAUGCUCAUCAUUUCGACACCAAGUUUCCAGGUUUACAGCAAGAAUUAAUGCAGUUAGAUAAGGUGAAUGAAGAACUGGGAAGCAUAUUUCCUAUGUUUAAUGAAUAUUCAGAAACUGGAAAUGCAUUAGAACGAGUACUUGCAUUGGAACUUGAGCUUGCGGAGGCAUUGCAAACAAAGAAGUCAAGCAUCCUUUUUCAGAGCUCUUUCCUGAAACAACACAAUGAUGAGGAAGCAGUGUUCAAAAGUUUCAGGGACAUCAAUGAACUGAUCAAAGACAUGUUGGAGAUAAAGGGCAGAUAUGGAGCUGUAGAGACUGAACUAAAAGAGAUGCAUGAACGAUACUCUCAGCUAAGCCUUCAAUUUGCAGAGGUUGAAGGAGAGAGACAAAAACUAAUGAUGACUCUCAAGAAUGUUCGGGCAUUGAGGAAAGGUCAAAACUUAAUUCGCUCCUCAUCAGCUUCUCCUGGGGACCAUUCCUGAGCCACAAGAACAAGCAUGGCACUGGAUGUCCUCAAAAUGACCCCUUACAGGAUUAAGUUAAUGCCUGCUGCUCCUUAUCAUUAAAUUAUUAAAUUUCCUAAGACUUCACUGGCUAUAGCUAUUGCAGGGUUCAAGUUUGCCAAGCUUGGUACACAAUGUUCAAAAGCACAGCAGCUGUAUUUUAUGUAAAUAAAUAUAAAUUUCCCAGCCUCUGUAACGGGUUUAACAGUAUCAUAAGGUAUAGAUAGAUGCAACACUUCGACCUUUUUCCCCUGGUCAUAGUGAUUUAAUUCUUCUAUUGUAUAGUGAAAUUCUUUAUUGACAACUAUUUUCACUUCAUUACUAGCAGCAGUUAUUCAA